AUGGCACGCGAUCCAAAUACUAUUCACAACUACCUCGACGAUAUCAAGAACAUAUUACCGCCGACAACCACCAACUCCACACCUACGACGCCGUCACGUACGCAGACCGUUACGAGAGUACAUCAAAUACAAGUGAAAUUAUUCGAUGGUAAUAGCCGCUUCUGGCCUGCAUUUCGCGACAGUUUCCGGUCAGCCGUCGAACACACUGAUCUGUCACCCGUUGAAAAACUUAACUAUCUACAAUCCUGUUUAAGUGGAGCCGCUCCACGAUCCAUCGAAGGUUAUGCAUUAACUAAUGACAAUUACGCUGUUGUUUGGAAAUUUCUGGAAGAAAAAUACGGCGACCCAACGCAACUCAAACGCACAUUUUAUGCUGAACUGGAAUCACUCAACGACAACAACCGUGACUUCUAUCACACUUAUGAAACAACUGAACGCAUCCUCCGUCAGCUGGAAGUCCUCCAUGACGACCUCGGAAAUCCAUAUCUUCAAUGGACGAUUGAAAGAAAACAACCUCGUUGGAUACUUGAAAAUCUGAAUCGCAAAAAACAGAAAUAUUCAACGUGGUCUAUGAACGAUACUCACAAUCACUUACACUCUAUCGUAAAAGUAAAACAAAGCGCUUUAUCUCUUCUCAACACCAAUUCCAAGUCACCUAUCGCAGCAAAGCUAUUAUAUCGCCGUUCAUCUUCUAUCUUUCAACAAACAACAACAAAUGCUCCGUACACGUCAUCAGCAUUCGCUAUAUCAAAACGUAAUACCAGUAUCAACGGCUCAGCUUCUCGCACAUCAACAAUCAUUUCUCAACCAAUGCGUCAGCGCACCUCGUCUAUACCGUCUUGCGCAUUCUGUUCCGACAAACACUGA